UUUUCUUAAAAUAAAUAAUAUUUGCUUAUAAAAUGUUUGCCACUUUCUUGGUGUAAAUUCGAUAAUUAAAAACAAAUCAUUUGGCACAAAUGUUUAUCUUAAUUUAAAGUUCACAUUUCCUUCUUUUCGGUUUUGGAGGUCAGAUUUGAAGUAACAAAAUAACACUAAACUAAAAUCCUACAAAAUGGAUACCUUUCGCUUUAGACGCUCAUCUAUAUCCCGUUUUGGGUCUAUCGGUAAAAAUGAGCCCUUAAUCGUAGUCGAUGAAUCACAGAUAGUUGAAGAAGAUGAUCAGGAAAGUUCAGAGACGCCAUCACAUAAAGCCAGCUUGGACAUAGACUCACCAGUCAAUCCAUAUCUACUUUCGCCAUGGCGUGACCCCAGAGAAUCACGUAAGCAUUCUCUGCCAUCACAACAGGUUACCGAGGGUAUAACGGCCAGUCAGGUAAGACGUCUUUCAGAACGAGGUGGAGAGGGUUCUGGACCCUCACCUAAGGAAGCCGCUUUCCUAGCAACACUCUCACAAGCGCCUGCACCAUCGGGUAGACGACAUUCCGUUGUUACUAUAUCCAAGGUGCCAGCAACGAUAUUUGGACGUUCUCGUCGUGAAUCGGUGGCAGCAUUUCCUUCUAACAACCGCAUUCUAAACUCGAGGAGGGAGAGCAACACCUCAACUGGUCCACCAUCUACGGAUCCAAUAGGUAGUAUACAUAAUUUACAAUUGGACAUCAUGGAUGAUAUUGUACAAUCUCGUAAAGCACGCAUGAAACUUUGGACAACGAGCAAUGAGAAAGUCUGUGAAGUGGAAACUCUUACAGAGGGCGGCACAACACCGCAACGCUACACCAAUCGUCGUUAUUCCGAAUGUGUCUCUGGUCAAGCUACACCAUCGCCCAACUACCGCAGAGCCUCCGAACUUCCCGCCAGCAUUUCACCCUGUGUUACACAACCCACCAGCAAUCGUUCGUCCACCAAACGCAGCAAGGGCACUGGCUUAUUGGGCAGCCGAACAGAUAUUACUUCUAUUUUCAGUUCCCUAACAUCAUCGGCUAUUGAAAUACACAAGUGUGAAGACACACCUCCUUCUUCUGCGGCAGGAGGAGCUAAGUCUAAAACUAACUUAACCACCACUCAGACAGCAGCUAGCAGUUCGAAUCUCCUAGAUCCCAAUGCAGGACGCUCAACCCGUUCGAACAGUUUCGAUGUCUCCAUACUCAACAAUGCAAAACAAAUGGUAAGUGAUGCUCAGGAUAAUAGUUCAGCUGCUAUUUCAGGAUGGUUUGCCCAGCGUCAUGAACCCAUGGCACGCAAAAAGAGUAUAAGAAGUAAGAGUACAGCCAUGGCACUCUCCAAAGAAAUGAUUGAAAAGUUACAAACCAAAGAUCCAUUGCGUGAGAGUAAACCUAAAUUGAAACCACGUAGCAAACAGAAAAGUUGGACGGAUCACACCAAGGGGACCAUAGUAGAUGCAACCGUUAUUGGCUCAGCCAUAGAAGGAUUUUUACGUAAAAAUUCCGCUUCUGGACCUUCGGGCAGUGAAGCUGCCUCAACAUCUCGUUCAAAAUCUACAAAAGGAGCCGUACCCAAAGAUUAUGGCUCGUCACGACGCACACGUACAACACCCCAAGCUCAAGCUGCUAAUGCAGUACGUUCUACUUUAAAUUGGUUCGGUAAGGGCGAUGAGGACGAUUCCAAGGAUACCUGUGAUGCUUCACUUUGUUCUACAUUAAAGGAUUUAUUUGUUAAAUAAUUACCGGGGAAUUCUUUAUUUCGAUUAAAAUAAUUUUGAAUAUUUUACUAUCUUAACACUCGCUCUAAUAACCAAUUACUUUUCAACCAAUUUUUUAAGGGUAAGUUAAGCGGUAAGUUAAGUUCAAAUUUUAUUUUCUUAAUAUUGUGUAUAUCCUUCCUAUUAAAUUAAAAAUAAAAAUGGGUCCGGCAAUAAAUGUGAAUGAUUGAAAGCUUUAGCAUAAUUAAACAUUAUAAUAAAUGUUUAGUCAAAAACACAAAAACAUAAGUACGAAUUAAAUUAGUUUAUAAUUAAUGUAUAAGAAUAAACUACAUAAAUACAUAUUUUUCAUAUAAGAAACGAAGAAAGAAUAUUUUUCAAAAUCAUAUUAAAAGUUGUUUACUAUUAGUAUUAUACAAAUUUAUUGUUAAAAAAAAUCAUAUGAAAACAUGAAAACUAGCAACUUAAUCGCAUUAAAAUUGUUAAUAUGUCUGUAGUUUCAAUUUUUAAUUCUAAGAAACAUAUACAUACAUACAUUAGUAUUAAUACAUAGUAGUAGCAUGUAAAAUUAUAAACAUGAACCAAAACACUAUUAAUUGCACAGUGUUUGUAAUUGUCUUUGUUCUUUAAAAAUAACUAUGUGGAAUUGCAGUGUAAGAAUUUCUACGAUCACAUACACAAAAUUUAUUUCCUUUAUUGUCAAAAUACGUUAUGGUGAAUAGCCAAUUGAAAUUAUCUAAUUCAGAACAAAGCUACUGAUGGAAGAGGGAUAGAACCGAUCUUACUGUACCAGUUCAUUGACUGGUUAUUAGUUCAUAGACUAGUUAAUGGACUAGACCGUAGAAUUCUUAAAGGUGCCAGUAUUCUAGUUUAAUAUCAAGUACAUUGGUAACUCCACUGAUUUGUUAAAAAACUACUCAAUAUAUGGGUUAUUAGUCCAUAGACUAGUAAUGGUAGACAAGACAAUAGAGUAGUCGAUGAACUAACUAGUAAAUGUAGUCCUGGCAAAAAUCUUAAAAUAACAUUAUUAAAGUUUUUUGAAAGGGAUUUAUAGCCAAUUAUCUAGAGCAUCUGUGGUUCGAAUCCUAGUUUGAUAUCAGUAGUUUUUUUUCAGAAAGUACUAUAAAAUAACUUAUUAAUUGAGCUUUGAGUUUAAGCCCGGAAAAGUCGGGUAAAGCACAUUUGUAACUAGUUACUUUUUGAGAGUAUUCGAACAAAAAUAAUUAGUUAUUCACCCCAAAAGCAACUUCAUCUUUGCUUCAACAUUACUUGCCUGGUUACCGGGUAAGUAAUGUUUUUCCUUGGGUAGUAAAUAGACUAUUAUAUAUACUUGAAAAUAGAGUAGUUAUUUGACCAGUCGAUUGAGAGGAAGAAGUCGAAGUGCUUUACGUGAACACUUGCCGUGUUGGCCUUAUUUCACGGUGGUACUUUUCCAAUCAUAGGGUGAGCGGAUUAGACGACUUAUACGCCGAUGGCAAUUUUUAUACAUAGAUCUGCCUGGCCAUGUCCAAGUACUUUGCUCAAGUACUCGAGCUAUCUAAUUUUUGACCAUUGCUGCAUCGUUCCUUAUCUUCCGAUAUGCCUCUGUUGAGUCGGCAACAGCACCUAGAGACGUAUUCGGUAGACCGAAACACGAAACCAUCAAUUAAGCCGAGGAUUUCUUUUACUGACAGAGAACACAUUGUGGUAAAUCUGGUACGAACAAAGUAAACUCUGAACAUACCCGAACAAGGAAGAAAAAUUCAAUGGUAUAACUGGUAUAAGAUACUUUUCAUCGAACACCAUUCAACCCAGCACACUUCCGAUUCAUCCGACACACUCUCUCUAGGUAUACGGGUGGGAAUGGUCCGUAUACCCCUACCCGUAUCUUAUACACUUA